AUGGAUCAAAGGUUUACCAAACUGUAUCGACGCAAGGCCAAUCUACAUCACUAUUUGGAUUAUAUGGAACAGCAGGAAUUUAUCGAGGCACGAGAAUCGCUACAAAGUACAAUCAAGGAGUACCAGCAAUUGGAAACAUCUGCUCGUCCCAUUUCUAAAAAGUAA